AUGUUCUUGGGUUAUGCUGAGAACACAAAAGGGUACCGUUUAUUUGACUUAGAUGCUUCAACAACCAAGCUGUCACGUUCGGUCAAUAUCACCGAGAGCGCUUCCUUGUUUGAAGAACACCAGAAAAAUAUGGACGAAUCCAUGGAAGAAGCUGUUGGCGAACCGGUUCUGAAUGUGGCGAUAAACGAGUUGGAACGUGAUCUAGAGCCUAGACAAACCAAAUUACCUCUAUUAGAACCGACUUCAACUGGACAGGAACUGACAGAGUAUCAGCCACGACCAUAG